GUUCUUGUUUCUAAGAAUUCAAUUGGUAUUACUAUUAGUAUUAUUACAUGAUUUCUUUCUCUUGUUUUUGCACUUUGUGUUAUCAGUUGACUAUGACAAUUCAUCAUUCCCCCACACUUUGGUUUGAUGCACUUGAAGAAUUGACCUUGUUUGUCUCUCUCUCAUUAUAAGAAGAUUGUAAGAUGUUCUUCUUGCAGCUGCAGGCCUUUCCAGUUCAUAGAAUUCGAUUCAAUUGGACUAUUACACAAUUUCCCAACUACUCAAUUGCCCUCUUUUCUUCGUAUUCUUAAUUCCAAAUUUAUCGUGUUCCUUAUCUUGACUUGAAUAGACACGAUCCUGUCUGUAUUCACUCCCAUAAACCUUUCUGAUAAUCUUUCUUUUGGAAUAAACUUCAAGACUUGAUUUUUGGUAAAACAAAAACAAUGACGUCCCUAGUUCACUCUGCAGAUCACGUCUCGAGAGUCCUGUUCCCACUCACUGUCAAGGAAAGCGUCAGUCCAAUUGACGUAAACUACUGCAUGGCGUCUGUGGCUGAUGUGGCAUAAAUGGAAGGAGAAGUUGCGCAGAUUCUCCAAGUAUAUCAAGUCUUUGCUGGGGAUUGACAACACAAUCCCAAUGGUGAACCCAAAACUUCCCUGGCGUCCAGCCAUAUCCUAUAGGCCUAUACAACCAUCUGACCUUGAGAUCUUAGAGAAAAUCCAUGCUGAUUUGUUUCCCAUUAGGUAUGAGGCUGAGUUUUUCCAAAAUGUCGUCAAUGGACAUGAUAUUGUGUCAUGGGCAGCUGUUGAUCGAAGUCGUCCAAAUGGUCAAAGUGAUGAACUUAUUGGAUUUGUAACUGCACGAGUUGUUCCUGCAAGAGAAAGUGAGAUUGGGGAUUUGCUCAGUUUUGACUCGUCAAAUUCAGAUCAGACGUUGGUCUACAUUUUGACACUGGGAGUGGUAGAAUCUUUCAGAAAUCUUGGCAUAGCAUCAGCACUUAUUCGUGAGGUCAUAAAAUAUGCCUCAAGUAUUCCAACCUGCCGAGCAAUUUACUUGCACGUCAUUUCUUACAAUAAUUCUGCAAUCCAUUUGUACCAAAAAAUGUCAUUCAUGUGUGUAAGAAGGUUGGAAGGCUUUUACUUGAUCAAUGGUCAGCAUUAUGAUUCAUAUCUGUUUGUGUACUAUGUAAAUGGUGGCCGAUCUCCUUGCUCCCCAUUGGAGCUGGUUACAGGAACGCUGAAUUGUAUGAGGAAUGGUCUUAAGUCUCUGCUUGCAAUGCUACGGAAGAACGAAGACAGGAAGGUGUCAAAGUGGGCGAAAUGUAAAGAAACCCAUAGCCAUAUAUCAACUGCACAAAACAGGAGAAACCUGACUGCAGCAGAGUGUACAGGGUAUGAGUAUGUUUGAUUUGUUUGUUCAAAUUAGAGGUUGGAUCAACGGACGGAGAUGAGCAAUGAUGAGUGAGCAGGAGGGGAAGUUAUGUUGAUGCAAAGUUAUAAACGUUGCUUUCUCCCCAUGCAUUCGGGUUUAACCUUACCAAUAUACAUUUACAUUUACCGCGGAAUAACAUGUCAAUGUAAUAAGCGUUGUAGUGUUGUACUUGGAUUGGAUGAAGUUAAGGGCUGGUUUGGUAUUGUUGUGCUUUGAAAAAAAGUUGGUUCCGCUGUGCAGUGAGAAUAAGCGGCUGUGAAAUAAAGCUGUUGAGUGUUUGGUAAA